AUGUGGGAGCAGCUAGAGAUUAAUAAACCUCAUAUAGCGUAUGCUUGUCUUGGCAUCUUUUGUACGCUCUUCUCGUUAGGUUCACUUUUCGUGAAGGAGAAGCUCUAUAUCGGUGAGGCCACUGUGGCCACCAUUGCGGGCUUGAUUUUGGGACCUCAUUGUCUUGACUGGUUUGAUCCAGCCUCAUGGGGAAACUCCGAUGAGAUCACCUUGGAAAUCUGUCGUAUUGUAUUAUGUAUCCAGAUUGUGGCUGUCGCUGUUGAAUUGCCUCGCAAAUAUAUGAAGAAGCACUGGUUAUCAGUGGCCAUUCUCUUGCUUCCUGUGAUGACUUGUGGCUGGAUUGUGGUUGGUCUCUUCAUCUGGAUUCUCAUUCCGCACUUUGACUUUCCCUCAGCCUUGCUUGUGGCUGCCUGCGUCACUGCCACAGACCCAGUGUUGGCUGCGGCUGUGGUUGGUAAAGGUAAAUUUGCUGAGCGUGUUCCAGGUCACUUGAGAAACUUGUUGACGGCAGAGUCUGGAUGUAAUGAUGGAAUGGCAUUCCCUUUCAUUUAUUUGUCGUUGGGCUUGAUCAUUCACAAGGGCCACGCAGGUGAAAUUGUGAAAGACUGGUUUACACUUACAAUCUUGUGGGAGUGUUUCUUUGGCACCUUGUUGGGAGUCUUUCUCGGCUACACUUUGCGUAAGGCUGUUGCAUUUGCGGAAAAAAAGAAUUUGAUCGAUAGAGAGUCAUUUUUGGCUCUCUUCGUGUUUUUGGCCUUCAACUCGGCUGGUAUUGGCUCCAUGUUGGGUGUUGACGACCUUUUGGUAUCAUUUGCGGCUGGAACGGCUUUUGGCUGGAACGGUGACUUUGCUAGAAAAACUGAAGAAUCCCAUGUCUCCACCGUCAUCGACUUAUUGUUGAACUUGACUUUCUUCGUUUAUUUUGGUGCCAUCGUGCCUUGGGCUGACUUCGAUAACACCAUUUUAGGUCUCGACGUUUGGAGGUUGGUGGUUUUGGCCGUGGUUGUGAUCUUCUUGAGACGUAUCCCGGCGGUGCUUGCACUCAAGCCGGUGACCCCCGAUAUCAAAUCGUGGAGAGAAGCACUUUUCUGUGGCCAUUUCGGCCCUAUUGGUGUGGGUGCCAUUUUCGCAGCCAUUUUGGCCCGUAAAGACCUUGAAGAUCACUUCACCGAAGAAGAAACCCCCCUCAGACAUAUUGAUCCCAGCUUUCCUCAUUAUCAGCUCAUUUACUCUAUCUGGCCCAUUAUCUGCUUCAUUGUCAUUACCUCCAUUGUUGUUCAUGGCUCCUCGGUGGCUGUGCUUACCUUAGGUAAGAGAUUGAACAGAAUGGCCAUCACCAUGUCGUUCACUGUUACCAAUACGCAAGACCAGGGUCCCUCGUGGAUGUCUCGUUUGCAGAAACUCGAGAAAACCUCCACUUCUUUCUCCUUGCAUAGAAUCGACACUUCCAUUCCUGACGACGAAGAGAAGGAACACAUGCCUAGAACAAACACUAUUGAAACCAGUGGAGUCAAGGUGCGUCCUGCGGGUGGAGCUAGAAGGAAGAGACAUAGAAAGAGGACCAGGCGUGCUAACCCUGUAUCCGGUCAAGAGCUUGACCUUGGUGGAGGAAACACUGAGAGACAGCGUCCUCAGCCGGAGAUUUUGCAACUUGGUAGAGUUGCUCUGUCAAGACCGGAAGUUGAUGACUCUCCAGGAAGCACCACUGUUACUGGAUCUGAGGCUUCGAAGAUUCUUGAUAUUCAUCCUAAUGUUCCUCAGGAUGCAGUUGAUGAAAUUAAGCGUAAGGUGUCCAAGAAAUUGGAAGUCGGCGAGGAUCUUUCCAACAUUCAUGCUACAGUUUACCAAGAAGGCCUGCAAGUCAUUAUUGAAGACCAGCAAGGUGAGAUUCUUGAAACCAUGUCGAUUGAUAAAGCCCCAACGAGAAAGUCAUCUGAUUCUCGUCUGGACAUGAGUAUUCAUUCCAUGGAUUCGUUGAGAAGAAACAUGUCGCAAUUCUCCAUACUAUCGGAUACCUCACUGCGCUCACAAGAUGACAUGGAGUCUCUCGGUCAACGCUUGAGUAGGACCUUAAGUGGACAUAAGAAAGCCAUUGUCAAGAAGGGCACCAAGAAGAAGUAUUUUGCUCACCAGGUGGAUGAUCUUCUUGUUAUCGAGAAUGAGGACGGAGAGAUCGUCAGAAGAUACAGAGUCAACAGACAUAUUGACCAAGCCAAAUCACGGUCAAGGUCAGGAACCAUUGUCAGUAGAGCAUUAUCUUUGGUUGGUAUUAAGACCAAAGAUAGUCAACUGUCGAAUACCACUACCCCGGUUCUGACUAGACGUGCUUCACUCCCUGUAAGUGAAGAAGCAGGAAGUAGUCUGUUGACUCCACCUUCUGCCUCCAACCAGUCACCCAUGGGUCCUUCUGCUGGUGUCAGAAACCCUUCUGUUGUUUAUGAAGAGCUGGAUGAUCUGUUUGAUGCCACUGACUCAGACGAUACUGAGAGCUUGCCGGAUGAAACUGAAGUAGAGAAGAGAAGACGUUUGGCAGCGUUGGGUGAGAUUUCUGGAGAGAGAGGAGCAAGCGAUGAGGAAGAUUGA